CUCUGCUGACACACAAUCACACUUCUGCAUUGCGUCGCGGCGUCUGCGUUUGUUUUCUUCCAGCGGGGAAUGUAACUUAACUCAGAAAACCUUUUAACUUUUGUGCGCCUCUAGAAGUUUUUUUAUGGGUUUGUUCUUUCGUUGGACGUGCGUUUAAGUAUUUUUUUGCGUUAUGAAAAACAUAACCGGAGUUUUUGACAGCCUCAGUACAGAUAUGCAUUCAAACCAGAUUACCUCCAGCAGUUACCACAGUCUGCACAAAUCCCAGGAAUCCCCGACUCUCCCUGUCUCCACCGCUACCGACAGCAGCUACUAUAAUAAUAACCAGCAGGCCGGACAGUGCUCAAGCUCUCCGUACGACCAGAUCAGCUCUUACCAAUACCAGAACACCAGCAUGAACAGCGUCCAGUACAACACCAAAUCAUAUGAACUGGGCUUCGGCAACGCGUUUGGUCCCUACGGCGCGUACGGCCCCUGCUCUUCUCCAACUCCUGCAGAUGCUGAAAAAGAAGAAAGUGAACCUGAAAUUCGAAUGGUUAAUGGAAAGCCAAAGAAAAUCAGAAAACCGCGAACUAUUUACUCGAGUUUCCAGCUGGCGGCCCUGCAGAGGAGGUUUCAGAAGACGCAGUAUCUGGCUCUGCCGGAGAGAGCAGAGCUCGCAGCGUCACUGGGACUCACGCAAACACAGGUAAAAAUCUGGUUUCAAAACCGUCGUUCGAAGUUCAAGAAGUUGUGGAAAAGUGGAGAAAUCCCACCCGAUCAGCACGUGGCAUCCAGUGACUCUCCACCUCUCCACUCACCGCCGCUCAACACGGCCUGGGACUUCGCGCAUAGCCAGAGAAUGAACGCGGUGAACACGGGGGGUUUGUCCCAGAGCAACAGCCCCCCAAACACUGCCACCCCUUCCUUUCUGACGAACUACUGGUACUCAUCCACGAACUCUGCCGCCCAGCUACAGCCACAUCACCACAACACAUCUCUCAGCGCAGGGACCAUAUUUUGACUCGACUGACUGGGGGAAAAUCAUUUUGUGAACUUGCAACAAAUGACUUUCAGGCCUGCCCUCCCCCCCCACACACACACCCCCUCCCACCCUACAUGGUGACACCUUUGCCACGUUGAUCAUUGCCGGUGCGUAACAUUGUAUGCAAUGUCGUCAACAAGCAGACACUAAAGAAUCAAACAUAUACAAUUAUUUUUGUAUUUAUUUAUUUUGUUCUAUGGGUGGUACAUCAAUGGAUUAAAAGCAGUUGUUCGGUGAACUACUAUUAUCCAAAGCCUAGAGAACUCACGCGGACGUUAUUGGAGUGAAUAUUAAUGCAGCAGGGUGUAUGAGCACAUGUAGCACAACCUGAAGCUGUUUUUUCGUGCCUUUUGAAAAUAACUUAACCGUCCUUUCCCAUCGUAAAUGUGUUUCAUGCGCCUGUCUUUAAUUUCAGAGUCAGACUUUUGUUCGGUUUAUAUAUACGGAGGGUUAGUUUUGGUGUCUGUACGUGUGUUCACCCGCUGUUGUCAUUCCUAGAGAUUACCAUAGAGGGUUCUCACUGUUUUUUUUAAUAAUACAAAAGGACGACACACUAAUGAAAAACACACGAAAGCUACUGAUUGUCCUGAAGCCAUGUAAAAGAUUUUUUUUUUUCCUCUUGAGUACUUUGUUUUAUUUAUUUUGAAAUCCGAAUGAGCGUUUCUGCCACUACAAUGAUUCAGACUUAUUUAAAUAAAAUGUUUCAUGUGAAUGCAUUUUAUUUGUAUCAAUUCAUUGGGGAUUUCUUUAGUUCACUGUUGGUAUGUUUUUUUUUUGUUUUGUUUUUUCUCGUAGAUCUGUCCACGCCUCCCUGUUUUUGCUUCGGCGCCAGUUGAGUCUCUAGUCUUUAAUAAGUCUGGCUGGAGACGCUAUGCAACGUCUUGUAAAAGUUUCACACAAAACCCACAAAUUCACCUUUUGUUGUCUAACGUGACAGGUGUGUCUUGCUUGAUCUGUAAGUAGGUCAAGUGAGUUUAUGCAACUUUUUUGGGUUCAAAAAUAACAGGAGCACUGUUCUUAAAAAAAAUAACUAAAGGCAACUGGUCUGACGUUCCCUAAUUUUUUCGGAGACAUACAACUUGCAGACAAAGGCUCCGGGAGCCCGACAGAAGCGAGGCGCGCUACAGAGCCUCGGGCUGGGAAUGAGCGCGCAAACACGCCCCGGCAUGAAGGCGUUCGGCGGGGUUCAGACUCUCUGGAGUCACAGCUCUGCGCUCCAGACUUUUUAUGAAGUCAGCACGGACAAAAAAAAAAAAAAAAAAAAAAAAA